AUGCAACGUCGUUCUGUUCAACGUGUCGAUCCACAUUAUAAACACAAGCGUCAGUUGAAUAAUAUUAGUGUUCAAAAAUCACGUGAAAAAACUCGUCGUGAGCAUGAAAAAACAAUGAAAUCAAUCAAUCAAUUAGAAGAAGAUAAUGAAAUAUUACUAAGAAAUUUACAAACAUUAAAAGAAGAAUAUGAACAAUUACGAAAUUUAUUUCAACAACAUACUGGAGUCGAUAUUGAUCAAAUGGUAUCAUCCACUUCGAGUAUAACAUCAGAAUUAUCAACAUCAUCAAUUCCAUCAAAAGAAGAAUCCAAAGAAAGUUCAUCAAAACCAGUGUUAACAAUAAAUACAACUGAAGAUCAAUCAUCAUCAAGUAAUCAACUAGAUGCAAAUAAUCUCGAUGGUUCAGUUGUAGUUAUCAAUGGAGUUCAAUAUAAAAUUGUGAGCAUUGAUAAAAAUUAA